GUUGUCAAGUUCAAAUGACAACCGUAAAUUGGAAAAGAAGAAAAUAAAAACAAUAGAACAGACAAAUUUUCGAAAGUGAUGUUUGUGUUUUAGUCAAAUAUUUUUGAGCCAACAGUUUCAACGAGUUGUUAAGUUAAGGAAUUAAUUGAUGAACAAAUUAUUCUCUAAAGUAUUCCCAUUUCGUACCAUUGGUAAAUUAUUAUCGACACUUACUCCUGGAAUAAAAAUGGUGCGAUAUUUUCCUAAUCCUUACGACGACUAUAAGUCGGGAACUAAUUUGAAUAUUGAUAAGGACGAGGUGUUGUCCCAGAUAAAUGAACAUAUUAAGAAUAUUACCAAGCGCAUUCAGCCAAACCGAAAAAAUGUUGAAGGUGGCUUAUAUGUCGGCAUCACGGGCAUAUCGUAUAUGUUUUAUUACUUAUCUCGAAAUCCCUUACUUUCGGAGAUGAAGUCUGAGUAUAUUGCAAAAGGACUCGACUAUCUUGCGCCGGCAUUAGAGACGUCAGCCGGCGAUAAAACCUCAUACCUUCUUGGCGACGCCGGCACCUUCGCUCUGGCGACUGUUUUAAAAAAAGAAAUGGGGGAUGAGGAGUUCACCCAUAGCUUAAAAACAUAUAAAUCUUUGUACAAUUAUUAUUUAAACCCAAAGUUUUUAAAGUGCGGAGGGGACGAGUUUUUUGUUGGUCGUGCCGGUUAUCUUGCCGGAGCUUUGUGGAUAAGCCGUGAGUUGAAAACUGAAAUAUUCACUCCGGAGGAAUUGUAUAAAAUUUGCGACAUAAUUGUUGCAUCUGGUCGUCAAUUUGCAUCGGCACACAAUAGUCCUUCUCCAUUAAUGUAUCAUUAUUACAAUACUAAAUAUUUAGGAGCAGCUCAUGGUAGCAGUUUCAUUCUGCAAAUGCUCUUAUCUGUACCUGGUUAUUUGGAAUACAAUAAAUCUGCAGCCCAGGACAUAAAGAGCACAGUUGAGUUCAUAGCUCUUUACACAGAGGAAGGCAAUUGGCCAUGUUGCAUGGAGGAGGUUGGUUUAUCUGAUCAUAAGUUAGUCCACUGGUGUCAUGGAGCUCCUGGGACUGUUUAUUUGAUGGCCAAAGCAUACCUGGUGUUCAAAGACCAGAAGUAUUACAAUGCCUGUGUAAGGGCUGCAGAACUUGUAUGGUCUAAAGGUCUCCUUCGUAAAGGUCCCGGUUUAUGCCACGGUGUGGCCGGUAAUGGUUAUGUUUUCUUGCUUCUCCACAGAUUAUCAGGUGAUGAGAAAUAUCUUUAUAGAGCUAAGCUGUUUGCUGAUUUUAUGAAUACUGAGGACUUCUUGCGGGAUGCCCGACUGCCUGAUAAUCCCGAGAGUCUAUAUGAGGGUACGGCAGGAACAGUCUGCUUUUUAUCGGACCUCCUUGUUCCAGACAAGGCAGAGUUCCCUUUCCAGGAUGUAUUCUCUACUUAUGUUUAUUAAAAUUUCCAUAAAGCCAGUAUUGAAUUCCGUGUUAUUUAACUUAUAAAAUUUAAUACUAUAUGUAAACAAGAUGCAUAAUAUUUUUGUUAAGUUUUAAAUUAUUAAGAGUUGGUGAUAUUUUAAAAUAAGCAUAUAAAUAAUUAUAUGGAAUAUUUUAUGGAAAUGUAAAGAAAUACAGAUAAUUAUAAUUAAAUACUGGCCACAAAGGAAGUCUAAUCUCAAUAAGGUUCUCAUCGAAACAUUUCUUAUAAUGUGAAUUUUAUGAUCAUAACAAUAGGCUGUAGAAGGCAAUUUGUGACAUGUAGAAGCAUAACUUAUUCAAGGCUCAAUUUUCUUGUCAACCAGAACACUAAUUCUAAAUAAAUAAUAAAAGCCAUCUGACAGUAGUUUGUCAAUUUUACUUUAUUCAAAUAAACUUUAAAGUUAA